CGCCCAGCUUAGCUCUCUGCCCGCACGCCAACGCAGACCGACACCACAGUGCGAGCGCACCCCCAAUCCUCCUGUCACGCUAGUGCUCCUUCCUCCUCCUUUCUUCCUUCCCUGCUCGGAGCUCUCGACCUCUGCGGCGGCAUUUCUCCUCUUGCUAACCAAGCCAAGCAAACAAUGGGGUGCAAGGCGUGCCAGAAGCCCAAGGUGCAGUACCGCAAGGGCCUGUGGUCGCCGGAGGAGGACGAGAAGCUCCGCGACUUCAUCCUCCGCUACGGCCACGGCUGCUGGAGCGCGCUCCCCGCCAAGGCCGGGCUGCAGCGCAACGGCAAGAGCUGCAGGCUGAGGUGGAUCAACUACCUGAGGCCGGGGCUGAAGCACGGCAUGUUCUCCCGGGAGGAGGAGGAGACCGUCAUGAGCCUCCACGCCAAGCUUGGCAACAAGUGGUCUCAGAUCGCGCGGCACCUGCCGGGCCGGACCGACAACGAGGUGAAGAACUACUGGAACUCGUACCUCAAGAAGCGCGUCGAGGGCGGCGCGCAGGCCAAGUGCGCGGCGGACCCGGCGACACCCGCCGGUUCCGACGUCCGCGCCGGGAGCCCCAACCCCAGCGACAACGGUCGGGAACGCGCCAACCACCCCGCGAGCUCUGACUCGUCGGAGCCGGUCGAGUCGUCCUCGGCCGACGACUCGAGCUGCCUCACCGUCACCGAGCCCGCCAGGGCGGGCGCGGUGCGGCCGCACGCUCCCGUGCUCCCCAAGGUCAUGUUCGCGGACUGGCUCGACAUGGACUACGGCACCAGCCUGGCGGCGCUGGGUCCGGACGCCGGCGUCUUCGACGUGAGCGGGCGCAGCCCGGGGCAGGGCCUGAGCCACCAGGGGUCCGUGCAGGUGGACGGCCCGUGCGGCGCGGUGGAUUCCCUGCACGGGCUCGGCGACGGCGGCAUCUGCGGCUGGGGGUUCGACGCGGCGGUGGAUCAGAUGGACGUGCAGGGAGGAGGGUUCUGCGAUCUGCUCUCCAUGACCGAGUUCCUUGGGAUCAACUAGGUGUCAGAGUGUUCUUUUCCAACGGUUCGUCGCGAAGCAUUCUGUUAAUCUGUUUCUUCCGUAGGCGAAAGUGUAAAUUGUGUGGUAUACCAAUGUGCAGUUAAAUAUAGCAUGCAGAGUUUGAGUACAAAUGUGUGGGUUAGUGUGGAUUAUUGUCCCCUCUCCACGGUCGGAAUUGCAUGGGUUCGAGUUUAUUUUUCCAUCUAUUCAUUUAAACGAGCAGACAAUAUACUUUGUGCUAGUA